AUGACUGAAGAAACUACCUCAAAGAACUCUAUAGAGGAUAACAAGGUUGAUAAUAUCAAGCAAGAAAGUAUCAAAAAGGCUUUGAGCGACCCAACAAAAAAGAGGAAAGCUGAAGAUGAAAUUGAAAUUGAUUUAAAUCAAUCUGUGCCGCUCUCUAAGAAGCAAAAGCGUUUAUUAAGAAGAGGAAAGGUCACUUUAGAGGAGUUGAACGAGAAGUUCAAUCUAGAUCCUUCUUCUGUGGAAGAAUAUAAAAAGGAGCUUGUGGAAAAAGAAAAAGGGAAAAGCGACGAUGAUACUCCUGCCAACGAGGAAGAAACAACGAACUCAAAGAAACCCAGGAGCGACAGGAAGUUUGGCGUGUGGAUUGGAAAUCUAUCUUUCGAUACUACAAAGGAAGAUUUAUGCCGUUUCAUAAUUGCAAAGACUAGGGAAUUAGAAGAUGGCAAGAUUGAGGAAAGCGACAUAUUGAGGAUCAACUUGCCAUUGGCACAGAAUGACGGGAAGCAAGUUCGUAAUAAAGGUUUCGCUCACAUGAACUUCAAAACUGAGGAGCAAAUGCAGGCUGUCAUUGGCUUGAGUGAGUCUCAACUUAACAGCAGAAAUCUACUUAUCAAAAACGCCAGCUCUUUUGAUGGAAGACCUGAUAAGAAUGACCUUGUGUUGAUGUCUAAGAACCCACCAUCUAGAAUUCUUUUCGUUGGGAAUCUUUCGUUCGAUACAACUGAGGAAGUUCUUCGGAAGCAUUUUCAACACUGUGGCGAAAUAGUAAAAGUCAGAAUGGCAACUUUCCAAGACAGUGGUAAAUGUAAAGGAUUUUCUUUCGUUGACUUCCGGAACGAAGAAGGACCUACGAAUGCUUUGAGAGAUAAAUCGUGCAGAAAAUUAGCUGGCAGGCCUUUGAGAAUGGAAUUCGGAGAAGAUAGAAGCAAGAGACAAGUUAAGAGAAAGGAGGUGGCUCCACGUCCUCAAAAGACCAUUUCAGAGAGCAUUGAUGCUCCAGUCCCAAUAAGAGAGAGGAAGCCAAUAACAAGACCAAAGAAGACUUCUUACACUGAUUCUAACAACCGUCUCAAAAGUAGUGUUGCUCUAGCUAACGCUCCAAGAGCUUCAGCCGCUAUUGUACCUUCAAAAGGGAAAAAGAUUACAUUUAACUAA